CGUGAGAAUACUUAUUAUUGUUUAGCAGGUUUCUUCGUGUAAACAUCUAUUAGAGUGCAUAACGUCUAGUAUUUAGAAUUGAUUAUUAUCGGUGUAUGUUAUAUUGAACUGGAUUAAAUAGACGUGUUUCCAACAAGAUGAUAACCGAAGUGUGUAGUGGGAGCAGACAGGCAAAAACAAUUUCCGAGAUGCUUCGUUUUACCCCCGCCAAGACCUCGCCGGCAGACGACAUUGACUCCAUCAUCACACCGCCACUUAAAGGAGGUCAUUGGUCACUCAGUGACAGCGCCCAGUCAACCUCGGAUACCCCCUGUACCGCUUCCGGUCUGGACGGCUCCUUUACAGAGUUAUGUCGCAAACCCCUCGGCCGCUUUUUGUCAUUUGAUGUCAAAAGGAGCCUUUUUUCGGGCAAGCGUCAUGCAGAGCAGAUGAAAGAUGCCGACGACUCACCCGCAACCAAGCGCCUACGUGAGGCGGAAAUCGCUAUAAAUAACAUUUGUUUGAAGUCGAGUUCACCCGCCCUUUCCCAGAAGGAUGACUGCAUCAAGGCCAUGGUCCAAAAGCUGUCUACCGACGCCGACUUGAUCGCCGACGGCUCGAGACCUUACAUUCUGCCGACGGUGGUCGGGAAACACAAGGAUCUAAAGGCCAUCUCUCCAGAUACGAUGUCCGCAGUGUUGCUCGGUUGCUAUGAUGCCGAGAUUGAUGACGUCACAGUUAUUGACUGCCGUUACCCCUACGAGUUCGAGGGCGGACACAUUCAGGGUGCAUUAAAUCUGUACACUCGCGAGAUGGUUCGAGAUUUCCUCGUGUCAAGAGCACAGAACCACGUGUCUUCCACGCGUCACGUGCUGAUCUUCCAUUGCGAGUUCUCAUCAGAGAGGGGACCUAAGAUGUACCGCCAUUUACGAAGCGAGGACCGCGACAUGAACUCGGACGUGUAUCCUCAUCUUCAUUUCCCGGAAGUUUACCUGCUCGAGGGCGGCUACAAGGCCUUCUUUCUCACGCACGUCAGUCAGUGUGAGCCGCAGGCGUACAAGCCCAUGCUCCACAAGGACCACGCGGACGACCUACGUCACUUCCGGGGCAAGUCCAAGUCCUGGACCGCUGGGGAGAGGCCGAGUUGUACACGAACAAGUCUGAGAUUCUAGAAGGACGGGAAAAAGUCUUAUUGCCCAUUACCGAAAUGACCAAAUCGUUUCGAUACUAGUGUUUGAAAUACCAAAGACAUAGCGCGGAAGCUUUUUAACUCGGUGAAUUGUUGGUCCAAGGCCGCAUUAAACUUUGACUUAUCUGUGAUAGCUUGCAAUGAUAUGUCUUUUGAAUCCAUCUUUAUUGCUUGCGUGUUUAUGCCGUUUUUAUUUUUGCAUUUAAAUCUGCACAUAUAUUAUGUUACGUCACUUAUUUAUGUUCGUUCUGUUAUGUUGUGUCAAAAUGUAUGCCUUUCUUUCAUUCUUGUAUUUUCCUUGUAUUCCCAAAUUCUCGUGUUUUCUGUAUCUUUCUGUCCUUUUCUACCUUUUUAUGAUCAUGAAUCUCUGUAAUAUAUAUUUUUUAUG